AUGAAGUUGAGCCUCUCAUUAAUUGGCGUUUUGAGCCGAGAUCGCUGCGCGAAAGAUAGGUUAAUUCCUCGCUCGCUCGAGAUCGUUGUCACUCCAAAAGGAAGAAUUCCAUUUGCGUAUCUGCAGACGAGUGGCGUGCGAUUAAAGGUGUCUUUUUUUAUAGGUGAGGACGAGGAAUGGGGAAACGAGACCGAGGCGAUGCCGGCAGAACCUCGCACGCCAAGUUCGGGGGGUGAGCGCGUGGCCUCCAGCGGCGGCGCCUCUCCAGCCUCUGAGGGCUCACCGGCGCCGUCGCCGCCUAAAUUGCGACUGAAUACGAAUUUAGCCACUGAUCCGGCGCUGGCACCUCAAGCUACCGCCCUCAAACAUGAACCGCCGUCGCCGUCUCCUCCACCACCGCCGCCGUCCCAACAAGCCCGGGACUACAUUGCUCUCACGGCUGCAAACUUUCCAUCAUUAUUUCCAGCAGCGGUGGCCGGUCCCCCCGGUUACAAGUGCAUGCCAUGCGGGAUACGCUACUCCUCUCUAAGUACUCUUCAGGCUCACCAAGAACAUUAUUGCUCUAAAAGACGGUCUAAAACGGAGAACAAUGAUUCCUCCAAUGAACAGACUACUGAAGAAUCCGGCGAUGCUAAAACUAAUCGACCCACGAGUAAACAAUUCGCAUGCACGUAUUGCUCAUACAGUGCUGAUAGGAAAGUCAGUUUGAACCGUCACAUGCGAAUGCAUUCGUCGUCCCCCGUCAGCAGCGGUACCCCGGCCCCGACACCUACCUCAAACGGCGAAGCUACUGAAGAGUCACCAACCCAAGACAGAUAUUGCGUUGACUGCGACAUUCACUUCAGCUCCGUCAAAACUUUCAGAGCUCACAAAGCCCAUUAUUGUAACACAAGACAAGUUGUUAAGCAAGUGUUAGCGGCGGCUCGAACGGGCUCCGCGACGUCAGGCUCUGCACCCCCAUCUCCGGGUACAACCCCGCCUGCGCAAAAUCAAUAUGCUCUAGCGUUGCCGACGAAUCCGAUCUUAAUUGUACCCUAUUCUCUUCUGCGCAGCGCCAGUACUCUACCCGGUACGACGUUACCGGAUCCUGACACCCCAUGUUUUUUGUUACCAAACGGGACAUUUCAACCGAUUAAUCGACAUUUGCCAAACCUAAACUCAGAUGGGAAGGAAGCUGAAGUCUUGAAGUCUGCUAACCGAACUCGUGAGCCAUCCCGAGAUGCCUCCACCCCUUUAGAUCUGAGCGUUAGACGGUCACCAGAGUCGGCGACGACCGAUGAACAUGAGAAGGAAAACAGAAUACGGUCUGCGACGCCUGAGCAAAUCGUAUGCGCCCCAUCGCUUCCUGGCUCGCCGGCAACGCCUUCACCUUCAAGACUGUCCUCAUCUCCGAGCGGAGAAAGCUCUCCGAAACGAAGGCGAAGAAGUUCAAGAGAUCCUACGCCAAAGCCACCCAGCGUCCCCUCACCUCCUGAAGAAAAAUUUCCACCAGUGGUGCCAUCACCGAUCAUUCCGCCCUUGGCUUUGAGACUGCCAACAGAAUUGCCAGUCACGGCUCCCUCUCCUCAAGUGCUAGUCAAACAAGGAGUGUCCAAGUGCAAAGAGUGCAAUAUCGUUUUCUGUAGAUAUGAGAACUAUCGUAUUCACAAGAGGCAUUAUUGCUCAGCCGGAGGCGGCGAUGAGAGGGUGAGUCCAGCGCCGCCGGAACCCGGCCCGCCGCCACAGUAUAGACAACUGAUCUGCCUAGCUUGUGGCAUACACUUCAGCUCGUUGGACAAUCUUACGACGCACCAACUGUACUACUGCACUAAGAGGGAGACGCGAUCGCCGAGGAGUAUACCGGAAAUACCCAGGCCAGCGUCUGGAUCUGAAGGAGGGUGGAAGUGUCCGUGUUGCGAGGUGGUGUCGCCAACGGCUGCGGCCGCUCAAAGACACAUGGAAGCUCACGCCGGCGUGAAAGCUUUCCGCUGCACAAUUUGUCGAUAUCGAGGGAACACGCUGCGAGGCAUGCGCACACAUAUUCGCAUGCACUUCCGGGAGAAACCGGCUGAUUUACAGGAGGAAAGCUUCAUCUCGUGCGUCCUAGAAGACUACAACCGCGAGACAACAUCGCCUAGUCCAGCGGUGGGCGAGCGGAUACACCGUUGCACCAGCUGCGCUUACACAUCGACGUAUCGCGGCAACGUCGUCCGUCACGCUCGACUCGUCCACGCUACCGAGGACCCUGAACCCGAGGAGACCUCCCCCAUACCUCCAGCUGACAUCAAAAAGGAACCAGAGAUCGACGAAGAUACGCCCAACUACUGUAAAUCGUGCAACAUUUCUUUCAAGUACGUAAACACGUAUAAGGCGCACAAACAGUUCUACUGCAAAGCCGCUACGCAGGACGCCGCGGCCAAUAACAACGUGCCCGCGUGCGUGAGCGACGCCCCCGUUGUGUGA